UUAUAACAGCGUCCUGGGGCCCUGUGGAGCGCGGCGCUUUCCUGGGGUACCUGUUCAUAACGCCCUGUCUUUUGUACAAACUACCUAUCUUGUUGACAUUCUCUCCUAUCCGUUGUCCUAUACGUCUUCACCCAGCUCUACAGCAAGACGCGCGGCGAUCCAUCCCCACACAAAAUUGUAGAUCGCUCUACCACCUACCUACCUGAUAUAGACCAGUAGCCCUGCGCCAUGAGAGCCUCGCCCCUGGCCGUUGCGGGCGUCGCCCUGGCCUCUGCAGCCCAGGCGCAAGUCGUCCAGUUCGAUAUCGAGAAGCGCAACGCGCCGCCGAGGCUCAACCGCCGAGACGACACCCUCACCGGCACUCUGUCCAACCAAAGGGUCCAGGGCGGAUACUUUAUCAACGUCCAGGUUGGAAGUCCUGGCCAGAACAUCACGCUGCAGCUCGACACAGGCAGUAGCGACGUCUGGGUCCCGUCUUCAUCGUCUGCCAUCUGCACUCAGGUCACACAGCGGAAUCCCGGAUGCCAAUUUGGAAGCUUCAACCCGGAUGACUCCGAUACCUUUAAUGAUGUCGGCCAAGGCCUGUUUGACAUCACAUACGUCGACGGCUCCUCGUCCAAAGGCGACUACUUCCAGGACAACUUCCAGAUCAACGGCGUGACCGUCAGGAAUCUCACCAUGGGUCUCGGCCUGAGCUCAUCGAUCCCCAACGGCCUGAUAGGCGUGGGCUACAUGAACGACGAGGCCUCUGUCAGCACGACUCGAUCCACCUACCCGAACCUCCCCAUCGUCCUGCAGCAGGAGAAGCUCAUCAACAGCGUGGCCUUUAGCCUGUGGCUCAACGACCUGGACGCCAACACGGGUUCCAUCCUGUUUGGCGGCAUCGACACGGAAAAGUACCACGGCGACUUGACCAGCAUCGACAUCAUCUCCCCCAAUGGCGGCAACACCUUUACCGAGUUUGCCGUCAACUUGUACUCGGUGCAGGCUUCGAGCCCCAGCGGAACCGACACUCUCUCCACAAGCGAGGAUACGCUGAUCGCCGUCCUGGACUCUGGAACUACCCUGACCUAUCUGCCACAGGACAUGGCCGAGCAGGCGUGGAACGAAGUGGGAGCCGAAUUCAGCGGCGAGCUCGGCCUGGCCGUCGUCCCCUGCUCCGUGGGCAACCAACAAGGCUUCUUCUCCUUCACCUUUGCUGGCGCCGAUGGGCCUACGAUCAACGUCACCUUGUCCGAACUCGUCCUCGACCUCUUCAGCGGCGGACCCGCGCCUCAGUUCUCGUCUGGUCCCAACAAGGGCCAGUCAAUCUGCGAGUUUGGCAUCCAGAACACGACCGGCGCUCCUUUCCUGCUGGGCGACACGUUCCUCCGCUCCGCGUUCGUCGUCUACGACCUGGUCAACAACCAGAUUGGCAUUGCACCCACCAACUUCAACUCCACCAGGACCAACGUCGUCGCCUUUGCGAGCAGCGGCGCCCCCAUUCCGUCUGCCACGGCGGCUCCGAACCAGAGCAACACUGGCCAUUCCUCGUCGACGCAGUCCGGGCUGUCUGCUGCCAGUGGCUUCCGGGAUGGUGACGACGAGAACGUUGCUUCGUUCACGGGCGUCUUCUCUGGCCCUGGAGUGGCUGUUGUCGGCAUGACCAUCUGCUACACUCUGCUCGGAGGCGCCAUGUUUGGCAUUGGGUGGCUGUAAUUGUGCACACCGUGUGUUUUCAGUGCUCUUUAACGAACUGUUGAACUGGGGUAUAACAGGCGCAUUGGACUAGCAGGCAUUCGCUGGAGUUUGGGUGGGUUUCCAGGACAUUCGCUGAAAAGGAGCGUUCAGAUACCUCGGACAC